AUGAAGUAAGAAAAUCGUCAGAAUGUCAUUUAGAACUGUUUGUGUUUUCAGUUUUCUCUCCUUGGUCGGUGUUGUUAGAAAAUGGUGUACUAAGUGACGUCUGGAAGUUGUUGGAAGUGAUAAUAUUAAUAUACUGUGAUUCGUUUGACGCCAAAGUGUUUAGCUCUCUCGUAGUAAUACUAAUAAUUGCUUUAUAUUAUUAAAAUACUGAAAAGGAUUGAUCUAGCUCGGUGAAUAACUUAAACAAUCCUUUGCCAUGGAGGAGUCUGUGAUUUUAAUCGUCAAAGCGCCAAAUCAGCAAAUAGAAGAUCAAACUAUUCAAUGUGAAAUGAAUUGGACCAUCAAAAUGUUGAAAGGACACUUGUCUGAAGUCUAUCCUAGCAAACCUCGCUCAGAGGACCAGAAGCUGAUUUACUCUGGUCAACUGCUGACUGACAAUGUCACUCUGAAGGAUGUACUGAGGAGUUACGAAGGUCAACAGAAUCACACGGUACAUUUAGUCUGUUCUCCGCCCAAAGAAACGUUGAGAUCCCCCUCGGCAAGUUGCAGUAAACCAGCGGCAAUGCCCUCCACACAGGCCCCUCGACCCCAGGAGCCACAGUUUCAGACGCCCAGUAAUGAAAACCUCCGUCGCAGAGUGCCCACUCUACCCCCCCAGCCACAGUGGCCCCCCGGCUAUACACCCCCCACUUGGCCACCUGUAGGGGGGGUCUCCUAUGACAGUGCCACUAUGGCUCAACAGAUGGCUUGGAUGCAGCAGGCAUAUGCACAGUACAUGACACAAUACAUGCAACUGAUGGCUGCUGGAGGUGUGCCUAAUGUGAUGCAGCCACCUGGUGUUUCCCCCACUGCGGGGCAUCCUCCGCAGGAACAAGCCCCUGUCAACCCCCCGCCCGCCAAUGUAGAAGAAGAGGAUCUUCGGGGCAACAGAGAUUGGCUUGACUGGUUCUACAUCAUGAGUCGUACGUUGGUGCUCUUCAGCAUUGUCUACUUCUACUCUUCACCUGUCCGUUUCUUUGUUGUUUUCACACUCGGAAUCAUCAUGUACCUAUAUCAAGUGGGGUUCUUCAGAGCGGUACAGCGUCUGGACCAACCUGAGGAGCCACCAGUCCCCGCCACACCUCCACCUACACCAGACAACAACAACUCCCCCCCACCCCCGGCCCCCGCACCCCCCGCACCUCCGUCUACCCUCGCACUGACCUGGGCGGCAUUCUCUAGCUUCUUCCUCAGUCUCAUUCCUGAACAGCCGAAUGUGUUGUAACAAAACUCCAUGUUGCCAUUCUAUAUGCACUCAAUAUACGCUCAUCAUUGUAUACUUUGUAUCAUUGUAUUUUGCUAUGUAGAUAAACACAUUGUAUAUAGUGUAAAACUGCUGGGUCAUAGUAGACUUUAGUCACUGUUUUGCGUGUGGUCCUUGUCCAUUCUGAAACGUAUAGGUUGCUAUCUGGUCGAAAACUAAUAAUUUGUUGUCAAGUGAAUGCUUGGGAAUAAUGUUUACCCUUAAUUCAUCACAUUUUUUAAAAUUGUUAUUAGUUACGAAAAAGGCAACUGCAAAAGCACAAAUCCCAUUUUAUCAAUUGGGAUUUUAUAAAUUCUUGGACUAGAUUGCCCCAUCCUCCUUUUUUAGUAUGAAUAAACUUAUUUUUGGCAUUAUUUAGAUACAUUUUAUAUAGGCUAUAUUAAGGAGUUUAAAAAAUAUAUUUGGGUUGAACACAAAGUAAAAAUGUGCAUAAAAACUAAAAACAAAUAGUUGGAAAGGUAAAGGUUACAUUUUUAUAUAAAAUCAAAAGUUAUUACAGUGAUUUCAUCCUGCAAAGCUACCUACAUAAUUCUGGAAGCUACAAAAAUUAUUUAAACUAAAGUCUAUUUUGACCUAGUACAUAAACUUUAUUUGUACAUAUUGUAGAUUUUGUGUGUUACAUUACCAUGCUUGCUAUCAAGAAAAUAUUUUACUAACUUGUAUGUUAUCUAAAUAAAAUCAUCAUUUUAUUAUUGUAAUAUAUAAUUUAAUUCAUUAGGUAGUAUCUGAUAACAUUACCAAAGCUAAUUGUUGUUAUUCAUCUAUAUUUUAUGCUUUUGUUGAAGCAAAAAAAUAUGUACAAGUUUAGGAAAGUCUUACAGUGCUUUUUUAAAGUGGUUAGUAAAAUUAUUUAAUGAAUUUAAAAACCAUGUUACUGUGAUUACAAAUUUCUUGUAUUAAGGUCGUUAUUAUCAGAACAAAUUUCCUUUGAUUUUGUCCGUGAUAACUGUUGUUUUCAAUAAAUACACUUUU